AGGCUCCGUGCGGGCUCUAGGACCCGGCGGGAGCCGGCAGGGCCGCAGCGUGUGCGCAGCUGGGCAGAGAGUCCGAGCGGGCCAGCCUCUUGCCCGGCAGGAUGGUGAUGGUGGGGAGUUACUGCCCGGGGAACGGCACCAUCUCCCAGCCAUGGACGCAGCAUGGGUUCUCCCCCUGUUUCUACUUCACGCUGGUGCCCACGGUGCUGCUGAGUGUCUGCCUCCUGCUGGGCGCCCUGCAGUACGCCUGCUACGCCCGCUUCGGCCGUGCCAUGGAGCCCAAGCACAUCCCCCGCUCGCGCCUCUACCACGCGCAGGUGCUGCUCUCACUGCUGCUGGCGGUGCAGCCCCUCGGCACCCUCCUGUGGCAGGUGCUGGCUGCGGGCCCACUGUACGGCUACGCGCUGCUGUACGGCUGCCUCUCGGCUGGGAGCUGGGGCUGCACCCUCAGCCUCCUGCAGUUGGAGCACACCCGGGUGCUGGCACAGGACAGGACCAGAGGCCACGGCACUGUCCUGCUGCUCUUCUGGGCGCUGGCCUUUGCCGCCGAGAACCUGGCCCUGGUGUCCUGGAGGAGCCCCCUCUGGUGGUGGUCCCUGGGAGACACCCCUCAGAAGGUGCAGUUCAGUCUGUGGGUGCUGCGAUAUGUCUGCACCUUCACCCUCUUCGUGCUGGGGAUGAAGGCCCCUGGGCUGCCGCACAAGCCCUACAUGCUGCUGGUGAACGAGGAUGAGCGCGAUGUGGAGAACAGGCAGCCCCUCCUGGCAGGAGACCGCAGCAGCCACUCCACCUGGAAGGAUUUGGGCCGGAAGUUGCGGCUGCUGGUGCAGUACGUGUGGCCGCGGGGCAGCCACCUGCUGCAGGGCCUGGUGCUGUUCUGCAUGAUGCUGAUGGGGCUGGAGCGCGUCAUCAACGUCUUCGUGCCCAUCUACUACAAGAACAUCGUAAACGAGCUGACGGAGGGCACUGCCUGGCACACGGUCGCCUGGACCAUCUGCACCUACGUGUUCCUGAAGUUCCUGCAGGGUGGAGGCGCCGGCUCCAUCCGCUUCGAUUCUAGCAACCUGCGCACUUCCUUGCGAUCGGUGCAGCAGUUCACCAACGCGGCAGGCUCCAGGGCGUCUCUUCGCCCACCUGCAGGCCUGUCCCUGCGCUGGCACCUGGGGCGAAGACGGGCGAGGUGCUGCCAGCGUGGACAGGGGCAAGCAGCCAGUGUCAACAGCCCCCACAGCUACAUCAUCUUCAGCAUCUUCCCCACCAUCGCUGACAUCGUCAUUGGCAUCAUCUACUUCAGCUCGGCCUUCAGCCUCUGGUUCGGGCUCAUCAUCUUCGUCUGCAUGAGCCUCUACCUGACCCUGACCAUCAUCAUCACAGAGUGGAGAACCAAGUACCGGCGGGACAUGAACUCCCGCGACAACGAGGCCAAGGCCCGGGCCGUGGACUCGCUGCUCAACUUUGAGACGGUGAAGUAUUACAACGCAGAGAGCUAUGAAGUGAAUCGAUUCAAUGAUGCCAUCCUGAAGUACCAGGUCUCGGAGUGGAAGGUCAACGCCUCGCUGGCCCUGCUGAACCAGACCCAGAACCUGAUCAUCGGCCUGGGGCUGCUGGCCGGGUCCCUGCUCUGCGCCUACUUUGUGACUGAGAAGACGUUCCAGGUGGGGGACUUUGUCCUGUUUGGCACGUACAUCAUCCAGCUCUACACGCCGCUCAACUGGUUCGGCACCUACUACAGGAUGAUCCAGAGCUCCUUCAUCGACAUGGAAAACAUGUUCGAGCUCUUCAACGAGGAGCAAGAGGUGAAGGACCAGGUGAAUGCAGGGGACCUUUGCUUCCACUCAGGGCGCAUUGAGUUUGAGAACGUGCACUUCAGCUACAUGGAUGGCGUGACACAGGGCAGGUACAGCGUGGCACCGGGCAGGUACAGCGUGACACAGGGCAGCACGGUGGGUACAGGGUGGGUACUGCAUGGCACCGGGCAGGUACUGCAUGGCACUGGGUGGGUACAGCAUGACAUAGGGGAGCACAGGGUGGGUACAGGGCAGAUACCGUAUGGCACAGAGCAGCACAGGUUGGCACAGGGCAGGUACCACGUAGCAACACAGCCCCUCCCACACGCUGUGCCUGGCACGCAGGCGACGUCGGCACUGGACACCGAGACGGAGAGGAACAUCCAGGGUUCGCUGGCCAAGGUCUGCGCCAACCGCACCACCAUCGUCGUCGCCCACAGGCUCUCCACGGUUGUCAACGCCGACCAGAUCCUGGUUCUCAAGGACGGGCGCAUUGUGGAGCGUGGAAGGCACGAGGAGCUGCUGCAGAAGGGUGGCGUCUACGCUGGGAUGUGGCAGCAGCAGCAGGCUGGGGACGCGUCCGACUCUGACACAGAGAGCAAGGACCGCAGCUCCGAGAAGCUGCCGGCGGCCCCCAGGAAGGGUCCAUGAGCGCAGGCAGGAGCCAGGGGACUUUGGGCAGCACCAGCAGCACAGAGCUGCCCCUGACCCCCGUGCUGUGGCUGGCAUCGGGCAGCACGCCAGCCCCUCCGGCUGUGUUAUCUCGGCUUGUUUCAGAGCCGUGGCACCUUCCCGCAGUGGCCAAACUGGGCGAGUCGCGUCCUGGCCCAGGGACCCCCUAUGAGCCUGAAUCCCUGCUGGGCACACAGGCAGCCCACUGCCCCCCGCCACCCGCUCCCUGCCAUGGAUGGUGAUGGUGCAGCUGGCAGAGCAUUGCAUGCUGGGACUGUGCGCCCCUGGCAUUGCUGCUACAGCUCGCCCCAGCUCCAGGGCCGCUGCCAGGCUGCCCGAGGUCAGGACGAGGGGGGAGCCCUUCUGGCUGGCCAUGUCCCAGGGCACUGCUCUUUAUGGGAGGCUCCCGGCCGCACUGGGGAGGGGGGAGAUGCUGCCCCCCAGUACAGAGCCCUGGAGGGGGGCAGAACAGGGAGUUGGUUGUGUUUUAAGUUUUGAUUUGGUGUCUCUUGUUGCUGAAUCUUGUAAACUGCGUGUGGCCA